AUGGAGAUAAAAAAAUGGUCACAAAUUGCUGAGAAGAUGAUUGCAAGGGCUGGGAAGCAGUGUCGCGAGAGGUGGUUUAAUCAUUUGAGACCUGAUAUUAAGAAAGAUGGUUGGAGUGAAGAAGAAGAAAGGAUGUUGAUCGAGGCUCACAAGAAGAUUGGCAAUCGAUGGGCGAAGAUUGCCAAACAAAUCCCAGGAAGAACAGAGAACUCAAUAAAAAAUCAUUGGAACGCGGUGAAGAGAAAACAAAAUGUACAAAGAAAGAUGAAAAAUUCGACGCAAGAAGUUCAAACUCUAAAGACAACUAUUCUUCAAGUUUAUAUAAAUAGUAACAAUCAUGAUAAUGCUAUGAUGAGUUCGCAAAUUAUUGAUGCCAACUUUGUCGGCUCUUCAAUGACCGAUGAUAUUGUAUUGACAUUGUAUUCGCCAAAUGAUGAUGAAAAUAUGUUCGAGGUGAUGAUGAAGGAACCCUAUCACGAUGAGCUGGACUUUAUGGUCAAUCUUUUCAGCAAUAAAAGUGAUCAGAAUGUGAAUUGUGCGACUAAUAAAGUUCAAGAAUCGGACAUCGCCAACAAUACCCAUCUAGCAUCAAAUAUUUUUCAGGAAUUGGUAUUUGGCAUGGACCGUAGUAAUAUUGCUAGUUACAUCUAUCUUGGAAAUGAUCACCGAAGUAGGAUGAUCAUUUCAGCUAGGGAAAUCAAGGCAGCCAGGGCAUUCGGUUUGUUGCCAUUCACCACAAUGGGGACAAAACAAUUUGUUGUUAGAAAAACUAUGGAAGACAAAGAUGAGGAUUACGCUUAUGAUCGAUGA